AUGGGCGGUGCAGCGGACAGCGCAGGAGCAUCGACAACUGCAACCUUUGUGGACCACGGGUUAAUAAACGCGACUCAGCCCGCGGCCCAGACGGUGAUGAAAAACGUGAAUGACUUUGCCAGGACCGGUAUCCUAUGCAGAAACGUCCCCACCCCAGAUUUGUAAUGCGAAUCUGCAUCCUCAAAGCGUUUCUCAUGCGGAGACCCAUGAGAAGCACUUCUUUCUAGUGGUGUUUUGUGCUUUGUGAUGCAAGAAUCAGCAUGUAAUGCAAGAUCUGUGAUUCUGCUGCACUAGCGAAACACGACAACGCUGCGCGCUCAAAUUUGUCAUGCGCAACAACCAAGGCUUGUUGAUCUCUCUAGCAAGUUUCCCAUCUUGACUAGCAACAGGAUCCCAUCUUGACUAGCAAGUUUCCCAUCUUGAUCUCUCUAGCAAGUUUCCCAGGGAUCGCAUCGUAGAAAUAGGUCGGUCAUUCGUGUUUGGCUCAUCGCGGUUGCCACGUCGUUAGCGCAAGGUUUUGACUAGGUAUGAAAAAAAAAAAAAAUUAAACAUAACAGAAAAAAGCACAACAAUGAUACCAGCACCUCCCCAAUGAAGGGGAGGUGUUUGCAUGAUAUUUCUUUUUUCUCAUCCAAAAACUUAGACCAUUUUUUUUUCUUGAUAAGAAGGGGGAAGUCCUUGCAUGGAGUCCUAGUUAAGACACAUAUGCAUAAGCUGCUCCAGGUCAGGGCAACUAUCACAGACAAAAGUGCAGAUGGAGCAUGGGUGUUCUACUUGUGUGAAGUGUGAUAGGCCGUGGCUGCAGGUUUCGAUUACCAAAAGAUUCUGAAUGCGCGGCACUAAACCUUCAAGUAGGUAACAACAUCUGCUAUGUGAUAUGUAUUCUGAGAAAGUCUCUCGCUGCAUUUUCGAAUGUGAAACUAUGUAUGAGCACUGGCUUGGAAUAGCAAAUAUGUAUGCAGAGUAAUGUGAUGAAGAAUACAGAGUGCCUUAACAAAGAAAGGACAUGGCUUCUUUUCAUCUUAGGGGGCCCAAAGGAAAGGGAGAAAGAGAAGCAACAGCGGAGGAAGAAGACUAAAGAAAAGAGGCGCCAGGUACGAAUGGGUCUGCGACCUCCUUGCUAUCGUGUUGCCGCACCAUAGCGAGGUAAGUGCCAGACUCAGGGAGCUACCUGCUGAUCGGAGCAACAGACCAAGACUGAAGGGCUGGACGGGACAGGUAUUGACGUGUGAGCGCUCUGUGCCUGACACGUCACACAUAGCAACAGAGAUCAAACGGGCGAUACGAUUCACACACCACGCCGAUGUUGCUAUCUGGAGGCAAAUCGCAGUCGCAUCGCACCCCCGGGAGAAAAAUUAAAGACACAGAUGAGAAAAGGGAAAGGCACGCAACUAGGUGACGCGCACUUUUGUACAUCUAUUUCUCAUCGAGUCCAGCAGAAUGAGCCAAGGACACCGCCACCAAUCCGUCAGCGGCCGCCCCAGGGUGGUAGGUGUCGACCAGACCGACGGCGAUAUAUUCUGCUGGGUGUGGGAUAUAGAUUGCCAAAAGAGGAGGGAAGUAUGUCAAAAUAUGCAUGAAUUGAGUGUGACUCCCGGUAGGGAAGAGCACUAGUGAGCUUGAAUUACCUCUAACUAUUUAAAACUACAGUUUGGCAUGCAGAGGUAAGGCAAGCUUGCGCCACCGAUCUGUGGGAGGCCUAGAUAAUUAUUGAAACUGGAAGUGAAGUUGUCAUGCAUGACUUUGUAUUGACUUGUAUGAAAAGCCUAUGCACUGUGUAGAGCUAAGAUUUGUAUGAAAAAUGAAAUUUGUAUGAACACUUCCAAGUGCGAUAAUUUCUGGUAACAUUCUAGCGGCAAGAAUAGUACCAGUCUGGGCCUCCGCAGGGAGGUAGGAAGACAUACUCGAGGCAGGGCGCUAGCCUCUUUGCGCGCUAGGGCCCGAGGCCCCUUUUCCUUUUCUCCUUAUUUUUUUUUUGCAUGCGGGUAGCCGUGUAUAGAGGCGCAUCCCCUCCCGCAGGCAAAAAAAAAAAAAAAGUUUCCCAUCUUGACUAUGGGGUGGGGACGUUUUCCCUCAGGAUAACCGGUCUUCAUGGAGCAACAACAUCAAAAGCGCUGGCUUUUUCGUCCACCCCGGAACAACCUUUCGACGCAGCAUCGGUGGAGAUGUGGAAAAAUAGUGGGUUUUGUCCACUCGCGGCGGUAGAGAUGUGCACUGAUUGGGGGGUGAUGCCGCGGGUGUUUCUGUCGUUUUGCGAAACCGCCGUCGUGAAAGGAUUGGUGGGGAGGGUACAGAAUUGAGGAGGAAAGGAUGUUGUUCUACAACUACUUGCGAGGAGGAAAGUACUAUUCAUACUUUUACACAGUACUAACUGUUGAUACACGUACAUACAUCAGAACUACACCGGGACCACCUCGAGCCGAAGUGCAGAAUAUACGACAUUUUCUCUGGAAAUGAACUCGUCCGGUCCCUACUACAUUCAGUCCCCGUGAUGUCUUCGCCCCCAAAAAACAGUGAAGAUCUGUCAGACUGUGCUGGAAGCAU